CGUGCCUCCCAAGAUGGCGGCGGGGGCGGCCCCUUGCCUGCAGCCCGCGGGCCUGAGAGCGGCGUUGUGUCGGUGUGUCGCCAUGGAGGUGUACAUCCCCUCGUUCCGAUAUGAGGAAAGCGAGCUGGAGCGGGGCUACACGCAAAUGCAGUUGCUUCAGUCUGGAAAUAGAUUUGGUGCCUGGGAAGGAACCAGCAACAUGCUGCACAUUCACAACUAACGCGUGCGACUUGCCGACUGAAUUGUCAGAAAUGGCUGAUUUGAAAGGGGGUAAAAACUUGCUUAAGGUCUUCAAGAUAGAAGUGCUAAUGAGUGGAAGGAAGCAUUUUGUGGAGAAGAGGUAUAGUGAAUUCCAUGCUCUCCAUAAAAAGCUGAAGAAAUGCAUAAGGACUCCAGAGAUCCCCUCAAAGCACGUAAGGAACUGGGUCCCAAAGGUGCUGGAGCAGAGACGGCAAGGCUUGGAGCUGUACUUGCAGACAGUCAUUUUGGAAAAUGAAGAGCUUCCUAAAAUAUUCCUCGAUUUCCUGAACGUUCGACAUGUCCCUACCCUGCCAAAAGCAGAAAGCUGUGGCUCUUUCGAUGAAACAGAGUCUGAAGAAUCAAGCAAACUGUCCCACCAGCCUGUGCUUCUGUUCCUGAGGGAUCCCUACGUCUUGCCUAAAGCCAACGAUGACUUUCCAAACGUGGUUAUAGAAGGCAUCCUACAUGGAAUAUUUUAUCCUCAUUUACUGCCAAGGUAGAAGAGACACGCGGCUGGAAGAAGCUUGAAGCAAGUCUCCAAGCAACAUUUAAUCCACUUAGUAAGGAGGAAAUGGUGAUGUGAUUAUUGUGCUCAAAAUCAAGAAGCACAACCUCGGAUUAACUUCAAGUGUUACUUUUUCUUUCCAUCCAUGUCACUUUUAAAAGCUUCUUUUAAAAGGAUAUGGAAACAACUAGAAGGUAGUUAUACCUUGUUGAUAGACACUCUGUGACUGUUUAACACUACAAGCUGAAAGUCAUACACUGAAUUACGUUACCCUCUGAAAGGAAUUAAAAGCUGUACUAAUAUUUUCUACUGUUUCUAUCCUAAAUUACACUAAACCUUUUUGCACCAGGCUUUCCCUCAGCACAUGGACCCAUUGCUGGCAGUGGAUGGAUUCAAAGUGCUGGCACUGAAGUGAGUGCAUGGGAAACUGAGAAAUGGUUCGUUUUUCUUAAGUUAUUUUCAAUGUGCUCCAUAAUUACUGUUUGGAGAAGAGCCAACGUGGGUAUGUGCAGUUGCCAUGAGAAAUCAUGCUUUUACAUCCUGAAAUACAUAGCUCUCUUUUAGAAAACUAUCAGGAUUUGAGUCACAAUGAUGUUUUCUACCAGGGGAUCUUAUGCACCUCAUUCAGUUAUGACAUAUAAUCUGUGUGCAUUCUUAACUCUUCGAGUUACCUUGCAGGCUGUAUCUUAACAUUUUAUGAGUCACGGAGCAUACAGCUCUGUGGUAAGCUAAAGCAAGAACGUGAUUAAGUAGUAACAUGGUAAAACUCAUAGGUAUACAUAUAUACUCGUGUGUAUAUAUAUUCAGAUUUAACUGGAAACUGUAGGUGUGCUACUGGAGAUAACAAAAUAAAUGACUAGAAUGUGGAUGUA